AUGGAAUUUAUAUAUCAAUUUGUUUGGAUUGUGCCUUUUUUUCCAUUUAUAGCUUCUAUUUUAAUAGGAGUAAAUUUGCUUUUUUUUCCAAAAUCAACUAAAAGUCUUCGUGAGAUAUGGGCCAUUUUUAGUAUAUUAUUAUUAAGUAUAGCCAUGAUUUUUUCUUUUAAUAUUUUAUGGCAACAAAUUAAUGAUAAUAUUAUUUAUCGAUAUUUAUGGUCUUGGAUUUUUGAUAAUAAAAUUGAUUUUAAAAUAGGGUUUUUAAUUGAUCCUCUUACUUCUAUUAUGUUAGUUUUAAUUACUACUGUAGGAGUUCUUGUUAUGAUUUAUAGCGAUAGUUAUAUGUCUUAUGAUCAAGGAUAUGUCAGAUUUUUUGCAUAUUUAAGUCUUUUUACUGCUUCAAUGCUAGGUUUAGUGCUUAGUCCUAAUUUGAUCCAAAUUUAUAUUUUUUGGGAAUUAGUAGGAAUGUGUUCUUAUUUACUAAUAGGUUUUUGGUUUACUAGACCGAGUGCAGCUAAUGCGUGUCAAAAAGCGUUUGUAACAAAUCGUAUAGGAGAUUUUGGAUUAUUACUAGGUAUUUUGGGUUUUUAUUGGAUAACAGGUAGUUUUGAAUUUGAAAUUUUAUUUAAACGAUUUAACGAUUUGGUUAUUAAUCAUGAAGUUAAUCUAUAUUUUGCUAACUUUUGUGCUCUUCUUUUAUUUUUAGGUCCAAUAGCAAAAUCUGCACAAUUUCCAUUGCAUAUAUGGUUACCGGACGCUAUGGAAGGACCGACUCCAAUUUCCGCUUUAAUACAUGCUGCAACUAUGGUCGCUGCAGGUAUUUUUUUAGUAGCGCGAUGGUUUCCUCUUUUUCAGCUAUUGCCAUUUGUGAUGACUAUCAUUUCUUGGGUAGGAGCAAUAACUGCAUUUUUAGGUGCUACGAUAGCUCUUGCACAAACUGAUCUUAAAAAAGGUUUAGCUUAUUCUACUAUGUCUCAAUUAGGCUAUAUGAUGCUGGCUUUAGGUAUAGGUUCAUAUCAAGCUGGAUUAUUUCAUUUAAUUACACAUGCUUAUUCAAAAGCUUUAUUAUUUCUUGGAUCGGGAUCUGUUAUUCAUUCUGUAGAAUCAAUAGUUGGAUAUUCUCCUAAUAAAUGUCAAAAUAUGGCUUUUAUGGGUGGUUUAAGAAAAUAUAUGCCAAUUACAGGAAUAACUUUUCUUUUAGGUACAUUUUCUCUUUGUGGUAUUCCUCCAUUUGCUUGUUUUUGGUCGAAAGAUGAAAUUAUUACAGAUAGUUGGUUAUAUUCUUCUACUCUUGGCUCGAUAUCUUUAGUUACGGCAGGAUUAACAGCUUUUUAUAUGUUUCGUAUUUAUUUUUUAACUUUUGAAGGUGAUUUGAGAGUAAAUUUAAAUAAAGUCGCUUUUACUUAUCCUGUAUCAAUAUGGGGAGAAUUAAAUUUAAAUAAAAAAAAUUCAAAUAAAAAUAAAUUUGUUUUAAAUAAAUACGAUAUCUUUUUUGAAACAGAUCAAAAUGAAAAUCAAACAGAUAAUUUAUCUUUUUUUUCAGAUAUUAAAAAAUUAAAAUAUCCUAAAGAAUCAGAUAAUAAAAUGUUAUUUCCUUUAUUAGUUUUAACCUUACCUACUUUAUUUAUUGGUUUUUUAGGUGCGCCUUUUCCGGAAGGACAAAUUGGAUCUGAUUUAUUAUCUCAAUGGCUUUAUCCAGUCUUUAAGUCCGCUGAGGAAAUAACUUCUGGAAAUUGGCUAGAAUUUGGAUUAAAUGCUAUUAAUUCGUUAAGUGUUGUUUUUAGUGGUAUUUUUAUUGCUUUUAUUUUAUAUGGACCUUUUUCAUUAUUUCCACAAAACUUAGAAAAAAAUAUUGAAUUUUCAUUAGAAAAAAAUUUAAAUUCGUUUUUUUCUUUUAUAUAUAACUGGUCUUAUUUCCGAGGUUAUAUUGAUGUUUAUUAUAAUAUUGUAUUUGUGAAAGGUACACGAUUAUUAGCUCAAUCUCUGUCAUUUUUUGAUGAAUGGAUAAUUGAUGGGUUUGUAAAUGGAUUUGGUAUUUUAACUUUUUUUGAAGGAGAAAGUAUAAAAUAUUUAGAAGGAGGAAGAAUUUCUUUUUAUUUAUUUGGUUUAAUUUUUGGUAUGAUAAUUUUAUUAUUUAUAGGUUUUUUUGGAGCUAUGUUUUAA